CAGAGCAACGAGCCACCCUCCCGGCAGGUCUCUUCAAACUGACAGGUGCUGGUUUUGGAGCAGUUGGAAAAGAAACACGGCCUCUUCCUCAACCUUCGAGCCAACUUGCCCCAAAAGCCGUCCGCUCCGGUCCGUCGUGAUGACGCAGCUGCAGUUUAAAGACUCCUUCUGGUGCAAGGAAUUCACCGUUCACACCGGGUACGAUGCGCUUCUCCAACGAUUACUCGAUGGGCGAAAGAUGUGUAAAGACGUGGAGGACUUAAUCAAACAGAGGGUGCAGGCCGAAGAACGAUACGGGAAAGAGCUGGUCCAGAUCGCUCGGAAGAUGGGAGGCCAAACGGAAAUCAACACUUUGAAAGCUUCCUUUGACGUCCUGAAGCAUCAAAUGGAAAAUGUUGGAAACUCUCACAUCCAGCUGGCUACUGUGCUGAGAGACGAACUGAAAAGUCUAGAAGAGUUCAGAGAGAGACAGAAGGAGCAACGGAAAAAGUACGAAAGCACCAUGGAGAAAACACACAAAAACAAGAUUUCGCUGUACAAGAAAACGAUGGAGUCCAAGAAGACGUAUGAGCAGAAGUGUAAAGAAGCGGACGAGGCUGAGCUUGCCUUUGAACGGAUCAGUACCAUGGGGAACCAGAAGCAGAUAGAAAAGAGCCAGGUGAAAGCAAAGCAGUGCAAAGAAGCGGCGAACGAAGCAGAACGAGUGUACAAACAGAACAUAGAAACGCUGGAUGCGGCCAGGAUUUCGUGGGAGCAAGAGCAUAUCAGCACGUGUGACGCUUUCCAGCUGCAGGAAUGUGACCGGAUUACAGUCUUGAGGAAUUCCUUGUGGGUUCAUUGCAACCAGCUUUCUGUGCAGUGCGUGAAGGAUGACGAGCUAUAUGAAGAGGUUCGGCUGAGCUUAGAGAACUGCAGCGUGGAAUCAGAUAUGGAUUGCUUCGUCCGGAACAAGAUGACGGGAGCGGAGCCGCCGGUCGCGAUCGGGUAUGAGAGCUACGAGAACAGAGGAACUUCCAUGAAGAACGGCACCAGCCCAAACCCGACAUGUGGAAUGAUGAAAAAAUUUUCCGGCUUGCUCCACGGAAACAACCGCAACACCACGGACGCUAUUAUACCCACAGCUCCCCCGGCAGGCAAAGUGGACGGCGUCUACGCAGCCAUCCACGUGGACAAGGAAGAGGCGAUCCUGCCCACGGAGUACAGAGUGCUCUACGAUUACACAGCCCAGAAUUCAGACGAGCUGGAUAUCCAAGCAGGCGACACGGUCACGGUCAUCGAAGCUGGCGAGGACGGCUGGUGGACGGUGGAGCAGAACGGAGAGCAGGGUUUUGUGCCGGGGUCCUACCUGGAGAAAGUUUGAUGCGAGGGGCGUCCCUCACCAACCGGAAAACCCCUAUCUGGACAUCCUUCCUGUUUGCACUGACGGCUGCCAGAUUUGUACAGCUGCCGAAUCAAGUACCUGGCGUGUUGAUUUACAGGGUUUAGACAUUCAGACAGCUGAUCUACCCACUGGAAUGAAUCUUUGGACUUUCCAAGGACAUCUUCAAGAGAACUAUCCUUGGCCGAUGGGACCUCCGGGAUCCGAUUUAGGCGCACGUUCCAAUUCCCAGCUGUUUGCGGCCGAAUGUUCUUUCGAGGGAAUGAAAUGUUUAACUCGGGCUGCUACAAGAUACUGCCCCGUUCUUUGUGGGGCUCAGCUGCUGGGGAUUUGAACGCGAGAAGCAGGUGGGAGACUCAAAAAGAGACGAGCGGUCUGUUUCCUUGCCAAGGGCUUCACCGGAAUCGCUCGUCAAUGCUUUGAACUUGGAAGGGCCAGUCGCCAUGUUACGUAAAGGCCGGCGGAAUAAAACGCAUGGGGACCAAAGACUGUGGAAAUUACUGGAGCGCCGGACAUGUCUGGAGUGCCUUUUUUGACCGUUCCAGCGGACCGCUUCAGGAAAAUCCCAACACGCUGGAAACGAAGCUGGAAUUGCAAUGUAGCAGCAAUGCAUGUGAAUCUACCCAAGUUCUCCAAAGGGACUGGAUGAUCUCAGCGUGGAGAGCCACCCUGGCGUAGUGGUUAAGAGCAGGUGCACUCUUAUCUGGAAAACCGGGUUUGAUUCCCCGCUCUGCCACUUGAGCUGUGGAGGCUUGUCUGGGG